GUAUACUGUAAACGUGUUUCCUCUUCGAACAGAAGCGUGUCGUUACCACUCGUCCACGCAAUUUUGACAUCUUGUCCAUCCUGCAACAGAGCGUUCUAUUACCGAACCCGAAGAGCAGCUCAAGGACUACAGCUGGCAGCGUCAAGCCCGAUCAAUCAGCAUCAACGUAUACUUUUUACCGUCUCCGCGUCGUCUAUCGGCCGGUGUUCCAAUUAAACCUCAGCUGGUCGCAGUGUCGCACGGUCACUCGCGUCCGCAGACGCGCCGUGGUCCGCAGGGAGCUUCCGUUUCGUCAGAGUCCUCUUUUUCGAUCUCAAUCGAAAUUCGUUCCGCGCUUUGCAUCAUCCUUCGCAGCGGAGGCUCGACCCGCAAAGGUCAACAAUCGGAUCCCUGAUCGAUCAAUCCGAAGUCCGCGAACGAUUCCGCCAGCGUUCCGUCGCUCCCCACUUACUUGUCCCGCCGGAAGUACGAUCGGCCAAUCCGUGGAACGAACCAGCAGGACUUUGCCGGUACCUUUGUCGAUCGUAUAAAAGCCACGAGCUGCAGAGAUGUCGGCGAGAAUCGAUCCGAUCCGCUGGUCAAACUUGGUCGGCAACGGUUUACGCGCCACCAGGAACUUUUCCGUCGUUGCUGCCUCUUUCAGAAGAUCUUCUGUUCUACAUCCCGGCAAUCUUCGAUACAUAAAAGUUGCCCAGCCGAUCAAUGCCCCCGGGGCUAAACAAACUGCACGGUUCGCGAGUUUGAUCCAUCGAACACCCUUAGGAUACGGAAAAAUAUUCGGGAUGCCCCACGUGUGCGUUGACGUUUAUCAGACGCGGGUGUCGUCGUUAGCCACCCACGCGGCGAAGAAUCCCGCCCUUAACAACAGUUACGAGAACAUUGGCAAAACACCAUUGUUAAACGCGUUGACAGAAUCUCUCGCUCCCAAGCUUCGAUCGUACAUCGAGGAGUGUGCGUCCAUUUGUUGUCCAAAGGAUAUUUACAUCUGCGACGGAAGUGACUCGGAAUACAAUCAACUGUUGAAGCUCCUCGAGGAAAGCGGAACCGUCUUGCCGCUGCCAAAGUAUGAAAACUGUUGGCUCGCUAGAACGAAUCCAGCGGACGUGGCACGCGUCGAGAAACGCACGUUCAUCAGCACCGAGUCGAAGCGUGAUACGAUCCCUAUGCCACGCGAUGGUGUUACCGGAGAACUGGGUAACUGGAUUUCUCCGGAUGACAUGGACAAGGCUAUUCUAGAACGUUUUCCUGGAUGCAUGAAAGGUAAAACAAUGUACGUUAUCCCAUUCAACAUGGGUCCCCUGGGAUCUCCUCUGUCAAAAAUUGGAAUAGAGAUCACCGACUCUCCGUACGUGGUCUGUUCGAUGCGAAUAAUGACCAGAAUGGGAAAGAAAAUUCUCGACAACCUUGGGAACAACGACUUCGUCAAGUGUUUGCACUCCGCCGGUGUACCAAAAUCAGAUUCAAAAGUCGCCGUGAUGCCUUCAUGGCCGUGUGAUCCUGAGAGAACGAUCAUCCUACACAGACCGGCGAAAAACGAGAUAGUUUCUUACGGAAGCGGUUACGGUGGAAAUUCAUUGCUGGGCAAAAAAUGCUUUGCCUUGAGAAUCGGCUCGACGAUCGCCAGGGACGAGGGAUGGCUUGCGGAGCACAUGCUCAUACUGGGUAUUACGAACCCAAAAGGUAAAAAACGUUAUGUCGCCGCCGCGUUUCCGAGCGCUUGCGGAAAGACCAACUUAGCAAUGAUGCAGCCGACUUUGCCGGGUUACAAAGUCGAGUGUGUUGGCGACGACAUCGCUUGGAUGAGAUUCGAUCAGGAGGGAAGACUUCGCGCUAUCAAUCCUGAAAAUGGGUUCUUCGGUGUGGCACCUGGAACCAGCUACGCCACUAAUCCAAACGCUAUGAAGACUAUCUUCAAGAACACCAUCUUCACCAAUGUGGCGACUACCGGCGACGGUGGUGUCUUCUGGGAAGGAUUGGAAAAAGAAGUCAGUGAGGACAUUGAGAUUACUGAUUGGCAAGGCAAAAAGUGGACCAGAGGAUCCAAGACACCUGCCGCGCACCCAAAUUCCAGAUUCUGUUCGCCAGCUAGCCAGUGUCCCAUUAUUGACCCAGCUUGGGAAGAUCAAUACGGUGUUCCCAUAGAUGCUAUCCUUUUCGGUGGUCGCAGACCCGAGGGGGUCCCUUUGAUUUAUCAAGCAAGGAACUGGCAGCAUGGUGUCUUCAUAGGAGCCGCAAUGAGAUCCGAAGCGACUGCUGCUGCAGAACAUCAGGGUAAGGUAAUCAUGCACGACCCAUUCGCGAUGAGGCCCUUCUUCGGCUACAACUUCGGCCAUUAUGUCAGCCAUUGGUUGAGCAUGGUCAAUGUGGAGAACGCUAAACUACCAGCAAUAUUCCACGUGAAUUGGUUCAGGAAGGGAACGGACGGUAAGUUCCUCUGGCCAGGAUUCGGCGAGAACUCCCGGGUUCUGGAUUGGGUUCUCCGCCGGAUCGACGGCGAGGACAUCGCUGUUAGUUCUCCGAUCGGUCUUCUGCCGAAAUUAGACUCCUUCAAUCUGGAUAACAUGAAAGAAAAUCUUAACAUGCAGGAAUUGUUUAGAUUGCCAAAAAGUUUCUGGCAAAAAGAAGUUGAAGAUCUUAGAAAGUAUUUCGAUGCGCAAGUUGGCGACGACUUACCGGAAGCCAUUCGCUUCGAGCUCGAUCAGCUUGCUCGUAAUAUUGAACAGCUUUAAUUAUUUCAUUUUUAAAUAUUUUUCAAUGUUCUUUUUAAUUCCAAUGAAAUUGAUUUUGAUUUAUUAUGAUCUAUUACGUCGACACUUAAUUAAAAUUAUUCAAGGUCGAUUGAAAUUUUAUAAAAAUGGAGACCUACUUUAAAUUCUAGGUGGAUUAGUUUCUGGUACGGGUGUCUGGUAAUUAUUUACAGUUUUAACGUUAAAACGUGAACGUAGUAUUAUAACGCUUUUUUUACUCGAAUGCAAUCGUCACAGCUGCCCCUGAAAAUUUUCAAUUGUCCUAUUAACAAAAAUAAUUUCUGUGAUAUGUAUACGUAUCUAAAUGCAUAAUUCGUGAGUUUUGUCAUUUUAUUAUAAAAUUUGACGAUAUGUGAUAAACGGCUUUAAAACAUGAAAAUUUGUAACUAAUAAAUUCGAAGUUUAUGUGUCGAUCAGUAAACAAAAUAUUUGACUGUUUGCAAAGUGCUUACUUCUUAUAAAUAAAUAUCAGGUGCAGGAUUCUGGUAUCAUCAUUAUUGAAACAUGUUGAUGUUUUCAGAAAAUUUUAUUACUUCAAUUUGUUUUUCGUGUUCAUCGCUGAUAUGGGCGUUUGGCAGAAUUUCUUCGUUUUAUGAUUACUUGAAACAGUGUGAGAGCGUAAAAGUGUGCAAUGAAUGUCAAGUGUAGUCUCCGCCAUGAUAAAGCGGGGCCAUAAAAUUCUUCGAAAGAUAUGUUAAAUCCAGGCAUUGGCAUAGCAAUUUAGAGGAGAUAAAAAUUGAAAACUUCGACCAGAAUAAUAUAAGUUCAUGUCCUGGAAAUAUUUACUUCAAUGGGCGCCACUUGCAAUGACUCUUUUUAUGGCCACCAUACUUAUGGCGGGAACUACGAAACGAUUAUGGCAGGAACA